GUUCUAGUUAAUACGUGUGCUUGGGAGUCCUUGCAAUUUGAAUAAACCAAGAUCUUACCAUGACUGCAAUUUUAGAGAGACGCGAAAGUACAAGACUGUGGGGUCGCUUCUGCAACUGGAUAACUAGCACUGAAAAUCGUCUUUACAUCGGAUGGUUCGGUGUUUUGAUGAUCCCUACCUUAUUGACCGCAACUUCUGUAUUUAUUAUCGCCUUCAUCUCUGCCCCUCCAGUAGAUAUUGAUGGUAUUCGUGAGCCUGUUUCUGGUUCUUUACUUUAUGGAAACAAUAUUAUCUCUGGUGCUAUUAUCCCUACUUCUGCGGCGAUUGGAUUGCACUUUUACCCAAUUUGGGAAGCUGCAUCUGUUGAUGAGUGGUUAUACAAUGGUGGUCCUUAUGAGCUAAUUGUUCUACACUUCUUACUUGGUGUAGCUUGUUAUAUGGGUCGUGAGUGGGAACUUAGUUUCCGUCUGGGUAUGCGUCCUUGGAUUGCUGUUGCAUAUUCAGCUCCUGUUGCAGCUGCUACUACUGUUUUCUUGAUUUACCCUAUUGGUCAAGGAAGCUUUUCUGAUGGUAUGCCUUUAGGAAUCUCUGGUACUUUCAACUUUAUGAUUGUAUUCCAGGCAGAGCACAACAUCCUUAUGCAUCCAUUCCACAUGUUAGGUGUAGCUGGUGUAUUCGGCGGUUCCCUAUUCAGUGCUAUGCAUGGUUCCUUGGUAACCUCUAGUUUGAUCAGGGAAACUACUGAAAAU